AUGGCCGAGAAACAGGACCAACCCACCCCCACCCAGUUCACCCCGCGUUUCCGCACCGACAUCUACCCUUACAUCUACCCAUCCAAGUUCAGAGGCUCGCUCCAGGGAAAGGUCGCCAUCAUCACCGGCGCCGCCGGCGCAAUCGGCCAAGCCCUCGCCGAGUCCUUCGCCGUCGCCGGCGCCAACCUGGUGCUGACCUACAACCGCACGCCGCCGCCCGCCGAGCUGGGUGAGAAGUGUCUGAAGUUUGGGGCGUCUGCGGUUGAGUUUGUGCAAUGUGAUGUUGCCGCGCUGGAGGGGUGCGAGGGGUUGGUGGGGAAGACACUCGAGCUUCAUGGGAAGGUCGAUAUCCUCGUCAAUAACGCCGGCGCCAAUGGGCUAGGACCGAUGUACGCCCAAGAACCCCGCGACUUCAUCCAUGACAUGGCCGUCAACUUCCAUGGACCCUACUACCUGAUGCGGUUCCUGCUCCCGCACUUCCGCGAGCAGCGCAGCGGGUGCGUACUCAACAUCGCGUCGCGUGCCGGCACUGUCACCAUCCCGUACAGCACGAGCUACUGCGCUAGCAAGGCGGCCCUGAUCAGCCUGACGGCGUGCACGCAGCGCGAGAUGGACAUCGAGGGGCUCGAUGAUGUGCACCUCUACUCGUUGCACCCCGGAGGCAUCAAGAGUGCCAUGACGUUGAAGAAAUACGCACAAGACUCCGUCGCGGCACUGCCGCCCCAGGCGCACGCCUUCUUCGCCAACACGCUCGACAUCUACAACGACUCGCCGUACCUCAACGGCAUGGUGUGUGUGGCGCUGGCAACAGGCGUGGGCAAGCGCGCCCUGCGCGGCAAGUACUUUGACGUCGGGCAGGACCUCGAGGAUGUGCUCGCGCAGGAGGACGCGCUGCGCGCCGACCCCGACUUGUACGGCCUGCAUACCAGCUUCUUGGGGGACUUGACGAAUGCUGGUAUGCCGGCUGGGGGAUAUCAUGCGGAGGAGGUCAAGUUUGAGUUUCCAGGGUUUUGAACUGGGGUUGGAGGUCGGGGUGUGUGGUUGGGUUGAGGGUUGACGGCGAACCAACGAGGAAGUGCCCCCUAGGGGUUGUGGCAUCGGAGCGAGAGGUAUUGAACGCACACGUUUAUCCGAACAGAUAGACAAACACCGAUUGCCAGUUCCCCGGUUCACACAAGGUGUAGAUAUUAAGGAUACAUGCAGUUCUGUCCCUUGACGGCAUUUCCACCC